AUGGACCAGCAGGAUGACCGCGAAGCCACCUCCAGGCCUAAGGGCAAGGGCAAAGAAGCUUCUACGUCCCCAUCCUCCGCUAUCCAAACGGCGCCCAAUAAUGGCAGGGUUCAACAUCAGCAAGGUGACGGAGAUGCACCGUCCACUUCCUCAUUCGCAUCCCGCCUCACGGCGUCUGCGGCCAGCCUUUCUCGCGCCGCGCUGACAGCUCGACCUGCUACCGAAACCAUCCUCAACGAAAUUUUGAGGGUAAAACUAUCACCUGGAACCAGCUCCAGCUCCGCCCAGGGCUCUGGAAGCCACCGAGAUACUGCUACUUAUCGUAGCCCAAGCAGCGUGAACCCCGGCACUCUCAUGACCUUUAAUUCGUCGCCGGGUAUAUCCAUCGCUGGCGGACAGCAUUACGAAGACUUCAUGGCUGCUCGUGCAGUCUGCAAGGACCCGUCCCAGUUGAGGAGGCCAGCUGAGGAUCAGGGAAGCAACUCUGGAACGGUCUUCAUCAGCGAACCCAGCGAGCACAACUCUCUGCCGUCAGGCACCAAGUCCGAUUGCCAGGAACAAGAGGCCAGAGACGGCCUAGACGUGGGCGAACUGCUCAAUUCUCUAGAUUCGGACGGACAUGACGCAACCGACAACGACUUGCAGACGUUCAUAUCCCCGCAAGAAGAGGCAUCGCUAAGAAGGGCACUCUUCGACGAUAGCCAUGGGAGACCUGUCGCCAAUUGGGCCCGUCUUCUCGACUUCCAGCCCCAUUUCCUCGAAGGAGACAACAUCACCGAAUUAGUGCAGCAUUUUGGCGUAGACGAUGUGCUGCAGGCCAGAGCCAUGUGGAUGGAGAGUUGGAACGACGUGCUUACAGGCUACACCGACGAAGUUUGGGGUGACUUCGGGUCCCUCGCCCGAGAAGCGCACCAAGAAAUUGAAGAGGCGUGCGAGCAUGGGACAGCAGCUACGACAGACCCCAGCGGGAUGCAGGCGCUCCAACGACUCAGACAGAUUCUGGCCCAUGUUCGAGGCCACUAA